AUGGACUACUCCUCCCAUCCUCUCCUCAACCACAGUCCAUCUUCUCUCCGUGCCAAUGCGUCUUACCCUCAAAGUUCCUCUUUCACUCGCCAGAACCUCUUUCAGGCCAUCAAUAGCGCCCUCAAACAUUCCCUCCGUACCGAUGAACGCACGCUGGUGUUUGGCGAAGACGUCGCCUUCGGGGGCGUCUUUCGCUGUAGUAUGGAUCUCGCUACUGAAUUCGGCUCCGAAAGAGUGUUCAAUACGCCCCUGAGCGAACAAGGAAUCGUGGGCUUUGCAAUUGGAUGCGCUGCGCAGGGGAUGAAGCCGAUUGCAGAGAUUCAAUUCGCAGACUAUGUGUAUCCAGCGUUUGAUCAGCUUGUCAAUGAAGCGGCCAAAUGGAGAUACAGGGAGGGAGACACUGGGGGCCAUAUCGGAGGUUUGGUGGUCAGGAUGCCUUGUGGGAGUGUGGGACACGGGGCUUUAUAUCACUCCCAGUCGCCGGAGGCACUCUUCACGCAUAUUCCUGGUCUACGAGUCGUGCUGCCUCGUUCCCCUGCCCGAGCUAAGGGGCUACUGCUUGCUUCCAUUGCCUGCAAUGACCCUGUCAUCUUUCUUGAGCCUAAGAUCUUGUAUCGUGCUGCGGUGGAGCAAGUGCCUACGGAAGCAUAUGAGAUCCCUUUAUCGCAAGCUGAAGUUGUGAAAGAAGGCAAAGACAUGACUAUUGUGUCUUACGGACAGCCACUCUAUCUGUGUUCGUCAGCCAUUGCUGCUGCAGAGAAAGAUUUUGGUAUAAGCGUUGAACUACUGGACCUCCAGACUUUGUAUCCUUGGGACAAGCAGACCGUAUUACAGAGUGUGCAAAAGACAGGACGUGCGAUCGUCGUGCAUGAGAGUAUGAUCAAUGCAGGGGUAGGAGCCGAAGUCGCAGCUUCGAUACAAGAAGGGGCCUUCUUGCAUUUGGAAGCUCCCGUGCAGCGGCUUGGAGGUUGGGCCACCCACAUGGGGCUGGCUUUUGAGAGCUUCAAUAUUCCAGAUGUCACAAGUAAGCUCUUGCGAUAG